AUGCCCUUCGUCUAUUUCAGGCUACAUUCCCAGAUAACCACAUGCGGGGCUGAUGGAACUACUGUCUUGAAACAGGCAGAAUGGUUUGGGUUGGAAGGGACCUUAAAGACCGUCUGCGCCGCUGGUGACGUCAUCGCGCGCCGCCGGAAGAAGGCUGGGUGUCGCUUCCGGUUGUACCCGCCGCAGGUGAUGGAGAAGGCGCUGGAAAUGGCCGAAGGCAUCCAAGUGACCGGCGCGCCCGUCCGCACCACGAGAGACGAACUGGUUGCCAAGGUGAAGAAAAGAGGCAUAUCAAGUAGCAAUGAAGGGCUAGAGGAGCCCCCCAAGAAGCGAGCUGUUGAGAAGAGCAAAGAUACUAAGGAUACUGGAAAGGAUGUGAAAACAACCAAGGCAGAAGCCCCCAAGGAAAAAAAGCAGGGAAAAGACACUAGCAAAGAUCCAGGAAGCUCCCCAUCAACUUUGAGUUCAAAUCAAGAAACGGUCACAGCCUCGGAUGUAGAAACGGAAGGAAAACCUACUAAUGCUGAAAAUACUACUGAGCAAAAGCCACCUUCAGCUGAAAAAGAGUCAGGAGAGAAUCCCCCCAAGGAAAACAAAUGUGAAAAUGCGCCGUCGCCCGAAAAGAAAACUACAGUAAGUGCGGUGCCACCGGCUGCCAACAGCGCCCCGGAGGCGGCGGCAGCGCCACCGGCUGCCAAGAGCACCCCGCAGGCAGAGGCAGCGGUGGCAGCAGCGGUGACACCGGCUGCCAAGAGCACCCCGCAGGCAGAGGUGGUGGCAGAGGUGGUGCCACCAGCCACCAAGAGCACCCCGCAGGCAGAGGUGGUGCCACCAGCCACCAAGAGCACCCCACAGGCAGAGGCGGUGGCAGAGGCAGUGCCACCAACCACCAAAAGCACCCCGCAGGCAGAGGCGGUGGCAGCAGCGGUGCCACCCACCACCAAGAGCACCCCGCAGGCAGCAGCGGUGCCACCCGCCACCAAGAGCACCCCCCAAACCAGUGCUACGUUGCUGUCUUCCAAAAACCAAGCCAGCGCCCCGGCGUUGGCCCCCAAGAGCGGCGCUCAGGCGGCCGCCUCGCUGCUGCUGGCCCCCAAAAGUGGCACUCAGGCCACCACCUCGCUGCUGCUGGCCCCCAAGAGCGGUGCUCAGGCAGGCACCUCGCUGCUGCUGGCCUCCAAGGGCACCGCCAAGGCGGGUUCCUCGCUGCUGGCUUCCAAGAGCAGCGCCGAGGUGGCCGCUUCGCUGCUGGCCGCUCGCAGCGGGGCUCAGCAGGGCUCCUCGCUGCUGGCUUCCAAGAGCAGCGCUCAGGUGGCCGCCUCGCUGCUGGCCGCUCGCAGCGGGGCUCAGCAAGGUCCCUCCUCGCUGGCCACCCGGGGUGGAGCUCAAGCGGGUGCUUCUCUGGCCUCCAAGGGUGGCACGCAGGCAGGUUCACAGCAGGUUGCCUCCAAGAGUGGCACGCAGGCCAGCGAGAGCCCUGCCAGGGCUUUGUGCAAGCCGUUAACCAGCGAAGAUGCGAAGGAGAGGCAGCCUUUUUUCAACAGACUGUACAAAGCUGUGGCCUGGAAACUGGUCGCCGUCGGAGGCUUCAGCCCCAACGUAAAUCACGCGGAACUUCUGAACUCCUCUAUUCAGUCCGUAAAAGCCACGUUAGACGUUGCUUUCGUGCCCCUGAAGGAACUUGCAGACUUGCCUCAAAACAAGAGCUCUCUAGAAAAUAUCGUUUGCGAACUGAGGUGCAAGUCUGUCUACUUGGGUACUGGCUGUGGUAAAAGCAUGGAAAAUGCCAAAGCGGUUGCUUCCAGAGAAGCUUUGAAAUUAUUCCUCAAGAAGAGAGUUAUCGUGAAGAUAUGUAAAAGAAAAUACAAAGGCAGAGAAAUUGAAGAUUUGGUACUUCUGGACGAAGAAUCAAAACCUUCGAAUUUACCUCCAGCUUUAAGAAACCCUCGUGAGAUCUUGUAGGGGAGAACCGCUGUUUGUACCGUGUAUAGUAUUUCAAGACGAGGACUGAAGGUUAAUUUUGUACUUUAAAAAAAACGUAGGCUUCCAGAUAUUUUGUAUUUCUUUCUCAGUUUUGCAAGACAAUGAUAGUCCUUUCACUUGGUAGCAAUUGUAUAAAACUUGUUAGAGAUGACAAGUGCGCAUUUAAAGGUAUGCCUUAAUAUAUAGCACAGUAGUGUGCUGUUUUAUUUGCAAAAUAGUCUACCUAAUUCUUCUAUUUUUAAUUAAAAUGAUUAAGGUACAAUUUGCUGUUUAAAACCUGAACAAUUUUGUAAUUCUUACGAUUUGAUGGCAGUGUGCUCAGUUGUCUACCGUGUCUUUUUUUAGCCACCUAGAAGUAUGUAUAUAGGGACCAUAAUACUUGAAUGAUUGAAAGUCAUUGACGAAAUUUCAAUCAAAAAGAGUUGAAUCAUCCGUUUCAGGCCUGUUGCUCAUGACGUUCACUGUUUCUCGUACCGGGAGAGAAAAAGAGUUGGUUGACUUAUAUUUUAUUUUUUUUGGGGUGGGGGGCUGUUUUUGUAACGUUUGCAAUAGAAAUGACGCCCUUGAUCCCAUGUAACGUUAUACUAGCGGGUUAGAGCCCGUUUGACGUUACGCUGGCAAAUUACCAAUUAGCAGUCCAGUCGCAGCUGCUUCAGCCACUGAAACUGUAAGCAGAGACUUAAUUUAUGUUGUCCAAUAUCAUUUACGCUUUUUUUUUUUCUCCCCAAUAAACGCGGAUUUCUAUACUAAGCAUAUUUUUGACUGCUACUAAAAAAAAACGAUGAAACCUCUGGGAUGUGCUUUUUGUAAUACUUUGCUUUGGGCUAUUUGAUAUUCCAGCCAUUUCAAUAACUUUGCAACACCUGAAGACAAGCUUUACCUUUGAGUGGCUUCAAGGUGUAAUCCCACGUCCCUUUUCUUUGGGUGCAUAGCUGAAAUAACUGUAAAAUGGGUAGAGAGAACCGAUAGAAUUAUCUUAUUUUGAGUUUGGUAACGCUUACCAAGAUGAGCAAAAUGAGGAACGGCGCGUGAGUCGUCAAGCGCUCGCGCUAAUUGAGCCCCCCCUCUUUGUGACGUCGUUACGCCAUGGACAGAAUGGUUGGAAGGGGAAGAAAAAUGGGAGGUGACCUCUUUAUUUUCGAUGUUGCUGAAAUACCUGCACAAACUGCAUGUUUUGGUAUAUUGGUUAAUGACAUGUAAUUGUAAAAACAUAAUGUCUUCAGUGCUGUUUUGAAUUAAUCUUGUCCGAUUUACAGUAGUUAGCGUCAUUUAAUGGAGACUUUACACGUGGCUGGUGGAUCCAUGGAUCGAGUCCUCCAGGCAUGAACAGGAAUUCUGGGAUCUCGGUAGUAUGUACGUCCACUUAAAGACUUCCAGUUCCUUUGGUGUUGUUUUGGGACUAAACCACAGCGGUGUCCCUACGUGAUUGGGAACGGUGGGGGCUGUCCCAUCCGUAGCACCUGAACCUUGCCAGGGGCUCAUGCUUCCUGAUGUGGCCGAUGGAGACCUUCCUCUGUCUGUCCCCUGUGCCCUUGGCUUGGGGUUUCUCAGGAGCUGCCCCUCGGUCUCCCUGGAGCAUCUCCCGAUGUCGGGAAGCAGCGUCCGGCACAGCAGAGUUGUGUGGAACUCUGGUUCCCUGCUCGGUGGGAGUCAUGGUGGCCAUUGGGGACGUGUGACAUCUGUUCUCACACCCUCACCCUGCGCGGUGGAGACUCAGGAGGGCUGGUUUUGCGGGGUGGGGGUUGCAUCCCCUGUACCCCCUGAGGUUCAGCUUCUCCCAGAUGUUGUGUCUCCAGAUGUUGGCACCUGUGUUUCUCGGCUGUACAGCGAGGCUCGGGGUGUUGACUGACCUCCCAGGGAUGUGGGGGUGACGGUGUCACAAGGCUGAGGGGCUAGAUGCCUUUUUUUAAAAAAAAAAAAUUCCUGACUUAAGCUUACUUUUUUAAAAAAAUUUUUUGAAUGUUAUUCCUCUUUGAUGUUUGGUUGUGAUUCAUUAAAGGACGAGUCUGUAGCUACUCUUAAUAGAAA